UGUGCCGCAGGCCCCGCGCGGCCGCGCGCCGCCGGCCCCGCGCGCUGCAGGGCUGCAGGCCCCGCGCGCCGCAGGCCCCGCCGCCGGCCCCGCGCGCCUCCGCCUACGCGCGCGCCGCUUCCAGGGAGGACCGGACGAGCCUACCAAGGCUGCUAUUUGCAGUGCAUCAAAAACAUCUCUAUAAGCCCCGCGCGCCGCCCCGGAUCAGAAAGUAAUUAGCAUGUUGCCACUCGAUGGUGAUGCUUCCAAUCCAAGCUCUAGCAGAAAAGGGAAAAGAAAGGCACAAGAAAGAGAUCUAAAGAGCUAUUUUAGUCCAUUCGUAUCCAGUAGCAUAAACCCAAGCACUCAUGGAAGUGAAGUUGGUAAUGCCAUAAUAGAGGAGGAAGAGGUGGUGGAAACUCAUUUGGAGGACACCAAUACCAUAGACCAACAGCCAGGUAGCAAUGAAAAUGAUCAAAAUGAUCAAGGUACAAUAACUGAGUUCAAUCCGGAUUAUAUCAUUUCUGAUCCGGGGCUUCGGAUUCCAAUUGAGCAAUUUAGUCCUAAUAUUAGAGAUGAAAUUAGGAGGGCUUUCAUGGAACGAGGUCCAACUCAACCUAGUAGUCAUGUUUUUCCUAGAGGACAAGAUAAAAGGCGCUUUCGAAAAGAAUGGUUUGAGAAAUAUAAUUGGCUGGAAUAUAGCUUGGUGAAUGAUAAGGCUUAUUGCUUUUGUUGUUAUCUUUUUAGAAGAGUUGGUGUAGAUGAUGAUAAAUUUGGUUAUGAGGCAUUUACAAAAGAAGGCUUUAGGCAAUGGAAGAAUGCCUACUUAGCACUCCCUAAACAUGUUGGUGGCCCUAAUAGUGCUCAUAAUAGAUCAAGAGCGGCAUUUGAUGAUUUUGAUAAUCAAAGGGCAAGUGUAAAGGAGAAAAUUGUAGUUCAUACCAAAGAGGCACAAAAGAAGUAUGAAACCCGUGUAGAUACAUCUUUGGCUAUUGUAAGUUAUAUUGCCUUGCAAGGUGAACCGUUCCGUGGACAUGAUGAAUCAGAAACUUCAUUGAACAAAGGCAACUUUCUAGAAUUUCUUGAUUGGUACAAACUAAGAAAUGAGGAAGUGAGGCAGGCAUUUGAAUUUGCUUGUCCUAAAAAUGCUAAAAUGACUUCUGGAACAAUUCAGAAAGAACUUGCCGAGUGUUGUGCUCAAGCGGUUACCAAAGUCAUAAAAGAAGAGAUGAGUGGUUGUUUAUUCUCUAUUCUUGUUGAUGAAUCUCGUGAUAUAUCAGUCAAAGAGCAAAUGGCCAUAAUAGUCAGGUAUGUGAAUAAAAAGGGGCAAGUAGUUGAAAGAUUUUUGGGUAUCAAGCAUGUCAAGCUAACUACAUCAGAAGCAUUAAAGAGAGCAAUAGUGGAGGUUCUUAGUGCCCAUGGUUUAACUAUUGCAAAAAUACGAGGCCAAGGGUAUGAUGGAGCUUCUAAUAUGAGAGGUGAAUUCAAUGGUGUUCAAAAACUAAUUCGUGAUGAGAACCCAUAUGCUUUUUAUAUCCAUUGCUUUGCUCACCAAUUGCAGUUGGUAGUUGUUUCGGUUUCAAAGUGUUGUUCAUCUAUAGAGGAUUUCUUUGACUAUGUGGAUAUGAUUGUGAGCAGCACUAGUGCAUCUUGUAAGAGGAAGGAUUUAUUGAUUGAUAGUCAUCAUACAAUUGUUUUGAAUAAGUUGGACAGUGGAGAUAUUUUAUCAGGUAGAGGACAAAAUCAAGAAACAUCAUUGCCUAGGCCUGGAGAUACAAGAUGGGGAUCUCACUACAGGACAUUGCUUCGUAUUGAAACAAUGUGGGACUCAAUAAUAGAAGUUCUGCAAGUGGUGCAUGAUGAGGAACGUAAUCCAUCAAGGGCAGGGGGGUUGGUGCCUAUUAUGGAGUCUUUCAGCUUUGUGUUUAUCAUGAAGAUGAUGUUACAGAUCCUUCGCAUAACAAAUGAGCUAUCUCAUCUAUUGCAGAAGAAGGAUCAAAAUAUUGUUGAGGCCAUGUCUUUGGUUAUUGACGUGAAAACACGUUUGAACAAUUUGAGAAGCGAAGGUUAUGAGCCACUACUUGAAGAAGUCAAAACAUUUUGCCAAGAGAAUGAUAUCCUAAUACCAAAUAUGGAAGAUAGUGUACCAAGAUUUGGUAGAUCAAGGAAAGGAGGGAGAAACAACAUCACUCAAGAUCAUUACUUUCGUGUUGAUACCUUCUUUGCUACCAUAGAUGCUAUCACAACAGAGUUUGAUCAUCGAUUCAAUGAGGUAUCAUCGGAAUUACUUACUUGCUUUGCUUGCCUUGAUCCUAGAGAUUCGUUCUCUAACUUUGAUGUGAAUAAACUUGCUCGCCUCACGGAUAUAUAUUUGGAUGAUUUUUCUUUUGAUGACCGGAAAAGAAUAAGAGACCAGUUAGAAACCUUCAUUAUUCAUGUUAGAAGAGUUGAGGCAUUCAGAGCUUGUUAUGACCUUGCAAGCCUAGCAAUGAAAAUGGUUGAACUUAAGAGGCAUGAAAUAUUUCCCUUGGUUUAUCGCCUAAUUGAGCUGGCAUUGCUGCUACCAGUAGCAACUGCAUCAGUUGAAAGAGCAUUUUCAGCCAUGAAGAUUAUUAAAACUGAGUUGCGGAACAAGAUGUCUGAUGGUUGGCUUAAUGACUUGAUGGUGGUGUAUAUUGAGCGGGAGAUAUUUAAAGGAAUUGAUCUUGAAUCUAUCAAGAAGGCUUUUCAGAAGAAAAAAGAUAGAAAUAUGCAAUUGCCAAAGUCUCCUAGACGCAACUAAUAAUAAAUAUACCGCUUCUUUGGUCCAAUUGUUGAUUUGAUGCGUACUUUACGUAUUUUUCUUCAUUUGAGGUACUUCUGAACCAUAUUUUUAUCGUGAACCUUUAUUUCCGUAUAAUAUUUGAACAUAAUCUAGUAA